AUGGGAAUUAGAAAUCAAACCACUCUCUCUGACUUCCUGCUCCUGGGCUUCUCUGAACACCCAGAACAGCAGCCUCUCCUGUUUGGGCUCUUCCUGGGCAUGUCCCUGGUCACCGUGGUGGGAAACCUGCUCAUCAUCCUGGCCAUUGGCUCUGACUCUCACCUCCACACUCCCAUGUACUUCUUCCUGGCCAACCUGUCCUUCAUUGAUACCCGCGUCUCCUGUACCAUCGUCCCCAAGGUGCUGGUGAACAUCCAGACACAGCACCAUGCCAUCUCCUACACUGGGUGCCUCAUGCAAAUGUACUUCUUCAUGGUGUUGACCCUGCUUGAUGACUUCCUGCUGGCUGUGAUGGCGUAUGACCGCUACGUGGCCAUCUGCCUUCCUCUCCGCUACACCACAAUCAUGCGUCCCCAACGCUGCCUGCUGCUCGUCGCUGCAUCCUGGCUCUGCUCUCACCUCCUGGCCUUCUCACUCACUCUUCUGAUGUCUCAAUUCUCCUUCUGUGCCUCGCAUUCCAUCCAACACUUUUUCUGUGAUGUGCCCCCACUCCUCAAACUUGCCUGUUCAGACACCCAUAUCUUUCAGGUCACAAUGCUAUCAGAAGCGGUUCUCUCAGGCACAAUUCCUCUCACCUGCGUCCUAGAGUCAUAUUCCCACAUCAUCCACACCAUCCUCAAGAUCCCUUCUGUUGGAGGGAAGCACAAAGUCUUCUCUACCUGUGGCUCUCACCUGUCAGUGGUCACUCUCUUUUACGGGACACUCUUUCUGGUGUAUUUCCAGCCCUCAUCCUCCUACUCAGCAGACACUGGAAUGGUUGUGUCUGUGAUAUAUACAAUGGUCACCCCGAUGCUGAACCCCUUUAUCUACAGCCUGAGGAACAGGGAUAUGAAGGGGGCUUUGCAGAAACUCUUUGGUUGA